ACAGAACGAGUCGGGGGGGUUGGAAAGAGAGAGAGACUGGUUCAGGGCAGUGUGCUCAUUCUGUGUUAGCAUCGCACUGUGAUAUCAAUGUAUGCAGCCUGAGGUAUUGUGCACUAGUACAGAGCCGGAAUACAAAUUCAAAAAUCCAUAUCCCAAGAUGCAGUGGUGCAAGUGGGCCGGCAGUUUGAGAUCACACCUAUCGAGACAGCCCGCGGGGCCCGACAUCGAGGACUCUUUCGACUUCCUUUUCAAAAUCAUCCUGGUUGGAGACUCAGAUGUGGGGAAGACCUGCGUGGUCCAGAACUUCAAGUCUGGCAUAUUCAUCGAGAAGCAGCAAAAUACCAUAGGUGUGGAUUUUACUGUUCGCACCCUGGACAUUGAUGGCAAGAAGGUGAAGAUGCAGGUGUGGGACACAGCAGGACAGGAGCGUUUCCGCACCAUAACUCAAAGCUACUACCGCAGCGCCCACGGGGCCAUGGUGGUCUAUGACAUCACACGCCACAGCACAUUCGAAUCUGUUCCCCACUGGAUCAGGGAGGUGGAGCAGUUUGGAGCUUCCAGCGUGGUGCUGAUCCUCAUUGGUAAUAAGUCAGACCUUCAGGCUAAGAGGCAGGUGUUGUUCGAGGACGCGUGCACUCUGGCGGAGAACAACGGCGUGCUGGCUGCUCUGGAAACCUCCGCCAAGGAGGCCCAGAACGUGGAGGCAGCCUUCGUCCUCAUGGCCCGGGAGCUGCUGGCCCGCAACGGCACGGCCAUCGCAGAGGAGGCUCCCCAGAGCUCGCCGCAAUUCAUGCUGAGUAACAGCUCCCACCCGGUCCAUGGCGCCGCGUCUCCAGACACAAAGUGCAGGUGCUGAGUGUGUUGUUGAAGAAUUGUUUUAAAUGUGGUGUCAGUUGUUUAAGUCUUGGCUGUAUAUUGUUGCAUAUUGUGUGUGAGUGUGUGUGGGAAAGUUUUGUACAUAUUUUGACUUCUAAUAUUUAUACAGUUUGUAGUACUGAUAAGAGCUGCUGAAUGUGAUAGCGACCCCAGCAUCACACACAGACCCUCUGCUCGACAACUCUGUACUAAGAAAUUACAACAAUAUACAGAAUUUUUCACUUGA